AUGCUAAAGAACUCCACAUUUGUGACUGAGUUCCUCUUCGAAGGCUUCUCCAGCUUUGGUUGGCAACACAGGCUUGUCUUCUUCAUUGUCUUCCUUACAUUGUACCUUCUGACUCUGUCUGGCAACGUGAUCAUUGUGACUAUUAUUCGCCUGGACCGUCAUCUCCAUACACCCAUGUACUUUUUUCUGAGCUUACUCUCCAUCUCUGAGACUUUCUAUACUAUUGCCAUCAUUCCUCGUAUGCUCUCUGGUCUCCUUUCUCCUCACCAGGCCAUCGAUAUCCAAAGCUGUGCAACCCAGCUCUUCUUUUAUCUAACUUUUGGCAUCAACAACUGUUUUCUUCUCACAGCAAUGGGUUAUGACCGCUAUGUGGCCAUCUGCAAUCCUCUAAGGUAUUCAGUUAUCAUGGGUAAGAAGGCCUGUAUCUACUUGGCAUGUGGGUCACUGGGAAUUGGCCUAGGCAUGGCUAUUGUGCAGGUUACAUCAGUGUUUGGCCUACCUUUCUGUGAUGGCUUUAUUAUUGCUCACUUCUUCUGUGAUGUGAGACCCCUGCUGAAACUGGCCUGCACAGAUACCACUAUCAAUGAUAUCAUCAAUUUGGUUGUCAGUGUCUGUGUCCUUGUUUUACCAAUGGGCCUUGUCUUUAUAUCUUAUGUUGUCAUUAUUUCUACUAUCCUUAAGAUUGCAUCAGUUGAAGGCCGUAAGAAGGCCUUUGCCACCUGUGCCUCCCACCUCACUGUGGUCAUCAUCCACUAUGGCUGUGCCUCAAUCAUCUACCUAAAACCCAAGUCCCAGAGUUCCCUUGGGCAGGACAGACUCAUCUCAGUGACCUACACCGUCAUCACUCCUCUACUCAACCCAGUGGUGUACAGUUUGAGAAAUAAGGAAGUCAAAGAGGCUCUACGAAAAGCCAUAGGUCUUAGGCCUCUUUCCUCUUAA